AUGGCACCACGGAUCGUGCUCGCCUUCGAUGCUUACGGUACGCUGCUGUCCGCGGAGUCCAUCGCAAACAAAUUGGCCAGCCAUUUCGGCCAGGACAAAGCGAAAACUAUCGCGGCCCAAUGGCGGCGGUACCAGCUGGAGUAUACGUGGCGUGCGAAUAGCAUGGGCGUGUACUACUCCUUUUCCAACAUCACCCGGCGAUCCCUCCAUCACGCUCUGGCGGAAGCAGGCGUGAGUCUCGACGAGGAGCAGACAGAGGAGAUGAUGAAAGCCUACGACUCCCUCUCGACCUUUCCGGACGUCCAGCCGAUGCUUGAGAAGAUCAAGUCUGCCCCGGAAGUGGUGGGCAAGACCGUCAUCUUCUCCAACGGUACGCAGGCUAUGGUCUCGAGCAGUGUCAAUAACUCUCCGGACCUCUCGCCACACGCUUCGUCUUUCGACGAGAUUGUGUCCGUGGACGAUGUAGGCAAGCGGAUUGACAACAAGGAGGACAUGGGUGAGAUCUGGCUGGUGAGCGGGAAUCCUUUCGACGUUGUGGGAGGUAAAGGGGUGGGGAUGAAUGCUAUUUGGAUUGAUAGGGCUGGCACUGGGUGGCAGGAUGCGAUGGUGCCGGGGACGUGGAACAGGCCGACGGAGAUUGUGAGAUCUUUGGAGGAGGUUGUUGGGGUGGUUGUGAAGGCGGCGAGUGGGGAGCAAUGA